UUAGUGCUUGUACACGUUGCAACGCGCGGGCGCGGGCGCGGGCGCGGGCACGGGAGACGUGGCGGGCUCGUGUUCACAUUAAACGCCAGGCGUUCGCGCGAUCGUGACGUAUUUCAGAGGUUGUAAACAUGGACGACGAUCUUUUAUUUUUAACCGAAAAUUCAUACCUAAAGUGGGAGAUGCUAAAAAUUAGAAUUGCUAUGCACGAAAUUAAUAAAGAAAGAGAACGGUAUGGUGAAUUUCAUACUUUAUAUGGUAUUUUGAGGGAACAUCCUUCAAGAUUAUUUGGAUAUACCAGGAUGAGUGUCAACUGUUUUGAUUACAUACUGGAUUCAAUAAGGAGUGAUAUUACAAAAAUAGACACAAAUUUUCAUAAAAGUAUAAAGCCCGAAGAAAGACUAUUUGUAACUAUAAGAUAUCUCUCCACUGGGUUGGCAUUUCGAUCUUUGGCAUAUAGCUUUCGUAUGGGUGUUAGUACUGUGGCUGAGAUUGUUUAUAGCACCUGUGAAGCUAUUUGGAAAAAAAUUUGAAUGUCCACAUGCCACAGCCAUCCCAAGACCAGCUUAUUAAAAUUGCAUCAGAUUUUGAGGAGAUGUGGAACUUUCCUAACUGCAUUGGCAGUUUGGACGGUAAACAUUGUAGGGUUAAACGACCUAAAAAAUCAGGAUCGGCAUUUUUUAACUACAAGCAUUAUUACUCAAUUGUUUUGCAAGCUGUGGCUGAUGCGAGGAAAAGAUUUUUAACUAUUGAAGUGGGAGGUAGAGGAAAGCAAAGCGACGGAGGUACAUUUAAUGCCUCGUCCCUGAACCGGUUACUCGAAAGAGGUGCAUUUAAUAUUCCGCAACCAAGAACAUUACCCAAUUCUAACGUUACAGCUCCAUAUGUUAUAGUAGCCGAUGAAGCUUAUCCUCUU